AUGACUUAUGUUUUAGUUCUAUUCAGUGCAAAUUUCACUAUUAUUUAUCCAAUUUAUAAUUUUUGAAAUAAAAAAGUUUUCAAAAAAUUAUUUCAUUUCAUUAAUAUGUACUGUAAAUUUAAUAUAAUUAUUCACUAAAAAUUGUUCAAUUAAUAGUUUAGAAUGAAAGUGAUGAACAAAAAAAAUAGUAAUGAAAGAGUAAAAAAUAUGAGAAUUAUCAAUAAAUUAAGUAUGACUACAAAAUAAGAUUGAAUAUUCGGGUUACGGAGUAGUUCAUUUUGUUCAACUAUUGGACAGCGAGAGUCAGAGAGAGUGCAUAUAUAUAUCCGGUGGAGCUACGAUUAAUUCAUCAUAAAUGAAACCCAAAGCUCAAAAACUUAGUUCUAUCUGUAAAACUCAAAAGGGAAGCUUUAUCUUUCCAAAACCCCAAAAAGAAUCUUUCUUUUUUGUUCUGAAAAUCCCCAAAGCUACCUUUGUUUGCCUAAAUGGAAGAAGACUGGGAUGGGUUUAGUCCAUUUUGGGCACAAGGAGACACCGGUCUCCGCUGCAGCCAUCGCGUCCGCCGCCAUGUCGAGUCCACCGUUUUCAGCUCCGGCAUCCUCGUCUUCCUCCUCCUUCUCUGUGCAAUUCUUUUCCUACUCUUCAUCGUUCAGCAUUCUAGUGGCUCUGUGUUUAGGCCGAGCGAUGUGAAGAAGAGUUGGGACUCUCUGAAUAUUCAUCUGGUUUUUUUGGCGAUAGUGUUUGGAUUACUGGGCAAGAACAAGAACGAGUUGUAGAAAUCGAAUCCCUCAACACCGAAUUGGUACGGUUAUAGGGACGAUGGAGAAGCUCGGAGAUCGGAUCCGCAGCGGGGUGUUCAAUAGUGAGAUGAGACCGCUAGUCGGGGUUCAUUUGGUGUCGGCGGCGGAGCUUCUGGUGGUUUGCGGCAGACUUUCGGAUCUUACCCUGAUCUCUAUGAAAUGUCACCGCGGUGGGUCUCCACCGAUGAUCAGUGGGUCUCUGGUUUAAAUUACUGAUGAAAAGCUGUAAUUCAUUAAUUGCCACUCAAUAGUAAAAGGUGAAGUACAGUGUAACAAAACGGAAAUACUUUUGGCUUUUCAAUAUAUUGCCAGAAAAUUAUUCCUAGAUAUUAACAGUGAUAAAAGUAAGCAACCAUUCAAACGGACAGAGCACCAGGAGCAACAAUUCAAUUUGCCAGAGCACCCACCCCCGCCCGCUGGAGCACCAUGAGCAGGUCUGCCGCGACCACCACUGCUUUUGGAAGCACCGGAAUCCAUACGAAACUUCUGAUCGUGAAGACCUUUAGGAGGCCUCCUUCUUCUGAGAAACGCCACAAACCUUAUUCAUGUUUGCAGUAGAGAUGGAUAUUCAAAUUUGAAAAUUUGGCUUUAGAAAGUUUUCCCGGAGUAUUUAUAGGGGGAGAAGCUGAUUGGAGGAGGGGAAAUCAAAUGGAGGAGGUAUGGAUUGAUGACUGGGCUGAUUUACAACCAUUGAUAACCGGUUGAAAUUGGGGAAAUCUAACGGCUAUGAGGAGGUCGAACUAUGAGAGAUGUUCAGAUGGCUGGGUCAAUUUACAACCCUUGAUAACGGAACUUUAAAAAUAGGAGUUUAGUAUGGCGGGUCACAAAUUUAACCCGUUUUGUGACGGAUCGGGUGUGUUGGUGAUUGGGCCGGUAGAACAGGUGGGCUGACCGGACCCGAUAUUGACUUUAUUAUUGGCCCUUUCAGGCUUUCACGUAUCCGUCGGUUACCGGCAAGUCACCGGGAAAUCAAGAAGAAGAAGAAGAAAGUCGGCCGGAAAUCAAGAAAAGAAGAAGAAGAGCAACCGAGUCAAGAAUCAUACCUGAGCGGGAACAUCUAGACCUGGCCAUAGAGCUGCCGGAAAUCUUCAGAUUCCCUGGCAUAAUUUUUCGGUAACCAACCGCCGCUUCUGUAUGUUAAACCGAAACACAGAUCUAGCCGAAACCGUAGGUUUCCCAUGGUCAAAAGACAAGAACUUUGUCCAGCUUCAAGAAAAUAAAGAGUCGAUGAAGCUUCCAGAAAAUAAGACUGGAUCAAGCUUCAGCAAAAGAAAGAUCAAGGAGAUUAUUUGAAGCUCCAAGAAAACAAAAGAAACGAGAUUAUAAGUGAGUGAGAGAGAGCACAUUCGUUCUGAAGAAGGGGAGGAAGGCAAUUAAAGUAGAUGGAUGGACGUCAUUCGAUGCUCUGAAAAGUCUUAUCGGUGACUUUAUCUUUAUCACGGGCUUCUGUAUUUGAUUCAGAUUCUGGUUGAGAAGAGGGGGGCACCUGUUGGCCCAUAUUCUAGUUCUUCUAAACGUCAUGUGGAUGCCCGGAUGCCCCACGAUGACACACCAAGUAGAUUUAUAUUCCGGGGAAUCACCAGAAUAUUAUUGUCGUCAAUGGUUUACGUGUGGAUGGGAAGGCGGAGAUGAGCCACGCUCAAUCAACGGUGGCGGUAGAUGGAUGAACUAGUUAGUGCAGAGAGAAUCAAAUGUGAGAACUUUUCAAAAAAUUCUACUUUUAACAAAAUGUAGCUUCAAAAAAAUUGAACAGAAUGUUUUUAAUAUAUUAUUUUAAUUACAAGAAAAAUUCUGGGGGGGG